AUGGGAAGGUUUCUCGCCGGCUUCGUACUGCCUUCACUUCUUCUUUCAGCUGCUUUAAUCAACUGGAGUUUGAUCUCUCUUGUUGAUUUGAGCGCAUUUCUUCUCAUUUUGUACAAUGUAUCACAAUUAGGAUUUCAUUUCCGCAGGAGGUUUUUGUUGCUGUGGCCAAUUGUUAUCUUUUCUGUAGUUGCAAUACUUUCUGAAGUGACUUAUUUAGUAAUAUGGGCUGUUCAACCAAUGUCACGGAGUAUACAAGAAGCUUGGUGGGCAAAGUUGAUUGGGUUUAUGAUAGUUCAGUCUUGGAAAUCUCCCUAUGCAAUUUAUUUCUUGAUUAUACAACUGCUAGCCCUUCUCGUUGCUUUGGUUGAUAUAUAUGGGAAGAGACAUUUUCUGAAAAUAUGGCAAGAUUCGUCUUGGGGUCAUUUCUUAUCAAUUAUAGAACAUUUAGGUUCUCACCUACGGGUGGCAUCUUGCUUGCUGUUGCCUGCCAUUCAGCUAGUAGUUGGAAUUAGCCAUCCUUCAUGGGCAUCACUACCUUUUUUCAUUGGUAGUUGUGUUGGUCUAGUGGAUUGGUCUUUGACAAGCAAUUUUCUCGGGCUCUUCAGGUGGUGGAAGCUUCUCCAGUUGUAUGCAGGUUUUAAUAUAUUCCUGCUCUACGUAUAUCAGCUUCCCAUGGAACUUCCAAGUAUGAUUCAUUGGGUGGCUGAUUUAAUUGGUCUUUACAAAAUAUCUGCCAAUUCUGAGUGGCCUCAAGUUUGUGCCAGCAUUUCUCUUAUGUUUUACUAUACAAUGGCUUAUGAUGACCUAAACAGUGUCAUUGGAGCUCUGACAUGGGCCAUAAACUCCGCAGCUAAUUCUGAUUUUUGCACUGAUCUUCUCCACUGCAACCCUUCCCUUCUUACUACCACUGUUCACCUUGCCAUAGUGCUGUCUUUCAUUAAAUCUGAUUUAGAGGAGAUGGGUUUCAUUAUUUCCAGCACAGACUGUAGCUUGACUGAGCAGCUGCUUCCCUCUAAGCAUUCAUUUUUCAUUCGUGAAUCAAGAUCUGGUGUGAGGCACACAAAUGUUUUACUCAGAGGAGCUGUUUUCCGGACUUUUAGUAUCAACUUUUUCACGUAUGGUUUCCCGGUGACUCUGCAGAAGUCACUUUCAGCUUGUCUCUUCAAAACUGUAAGCUUGUAUGAGAAAGAGAUUUGGUGA